AUGUUUAAAAAUGCUAUAGAACAAGUUCGCAAAGCUAACGAUGUCAUUCGUUCCAUUGACGACAAACCAAAAGAAGGUGAGAGAUGGUUAAAGAAAGAUGAAGAGAAUAGGAAGAGAAAUGUGAAGUCAGGCAAUAGACUCAUUGACUUUAACAUCGAAGCUUUAGAUGAACCAAACAGAGACUAUUUACACAAACAUUUCGGUAAGGUUUUCAUGAGACUCUUAGAGAAGAUUAAAAUAAACUCACAACAGAGAUGGAUGGUAUGUUAUAAACUUGGUGGAAAGUAUGAAUGUUCUACGUUAAACCUCAAUAAUAUUGGAACAUUACUACAUCAGCUCUUGAAGGAGAACUUUAUAUCAGAGAUAGAAGCAAAUGCUGCAGGUAUUGUUGAAAUGCACUAUGACUUCUUCUUGACAAACAUAAAGAAUCUUACUGAAAUAAAGAUGUAUGAUUUAACAGAAUAUGAAGGCUUAACGAUGUCAGAUGUAAAGAAAGGCAAACCAAAAAAGAGACCAUAUAGAGAUGAAAGCACACUGACAGAAAGACAGAAAAGAUUAUUGAACAGACUUAAACAAACAGGAGAUAAACAAGAUAUAGAUGACUUCUGGAAUGAAAUCCUUGGUGAAAAGAAGUUUUAUAAGAAGAGAAGCGGUCAGUUCUGGAAGUAUCUUUGCACAUUACCUAUAAAUCUUGAACGCUACCAAAUCUUCAAUGAACUGAACAAAAGAACUGCAACACUUAUGACAGAAGACAAUUGUUUCGUUUAUGCUUGCAUUCAGGCUGGAGUAAAUGAAGAAACUAUUGACCACAUGAGAGAAGUCAUUCGUGUUAGAGACUUUCCUCAAAGUAA